UCCCUCUUCAGGUGAGGCUGUUGGCAUAGAGCAAGACUUUAUAGCUUAAUAGAGAGCAGGCGUGAAGAAGAGGGCCGGCUCCUGCCUGCAGGCCUCUUUCUCAACGCGUCCAUCUCUUGAUAUGGAGUGUGGUUUCGCACCCCCUUGUCAAGGCAACCUUUCGACCAUGAGCUGGAUGCCUGUAGCUGAGUCAGAAAAGUUGCUGUCACGUGCCUUCCCCACUUUCCUCCUGGAGGAAACCACAGCACCUGCAGGUCAGUCACGUUAGCUUGGGAAGGCAACUCUUUGGAAGCGCGUGAUUUCCAUCUUCAGUCAACACCCGCGCUCCUCGCCUCCCCGCCCCCCGACUCCAGCUAUUUUGCUUGCCAUAUUGGACCCAAAGAGGUGGCGGCGACGCUGUGACUCAUGCCUGCGUCGAAGAGAUCAGCCGACGAUUCACACUUUAAAAAAGCAAAUCCCGACUACUUGUGUGAAAGGGUAGGGGGAGGUCAUUUCGAAUUAUAUUUCACCGCUCCAUUCAUAUUCCGACGUCGUUUGUGGUGGAGUUUAUAAACGCCAAGUCCUUCCAAAGCCCGGAUUUCUCCGUGUUCUACAUUUUGGACUCUUGGUCUAGCACCUCUAGCUGCCGAGAGGAACGGGAAGGAGGAGACCCUGUUGGGCUGAAAAGGUUGUGACACCGACCCUCAUGGCCGCCUCGGACCCAGCCUCCUCCAACACCGCGCAGGAUCCCAACACGGCUAAUUUACGACCCACAACCUAUGACACCUGGUGUGGAGUGGCUCACGGCUGCACGAAGAAAAUCGGACUCAAGAUAUGCGGGUUCCUGCAAAGGAAUAACAGCCUGGAAGACAAAAGUCGCCUGGUGAGCACGCUCAAGGAGAGGCAGUCGUCCAGAAACCUGCUGGCCUGCGAGAACAGUGAGAAAGAAGCCAGGUUCCGGAGGACCGAGACAGACUUCUCCAACCUCUAUGCCCGGGAUUUGCUGCCAGCCAAGAAUGGAGAGGAGCAGACGCUGCAGUUUCUUCUGGAGGUGGUGGACAUUCUCUUGUCCUACGUGCGGAAGACCUUUGACAGGUCCACCAAGGUGCUGGAUUUCCACCACCCACAUCAGCUCUUGGAAGGCAUGGAAGGUUUCAACCUGGAGCUCUCUGACAACCCAGAGUCACUUGAACAGAUCCUAGUCGACUGCAGAGACACUUUGAAAUAUGGAGUCAGAACAGGUCAUCCCCGCUUUUUCAACCAGCUUUCUACAGGACUAGAUAUCAUUGGCUUGGCUGGAGAAUGGUUGACAUCUACAGCUAAUACAAACAUGUUUACAUAUGAAAUUGCGCCUGUUUUUGUCCUCAUGGAACAAAUCACACUUCGAAAAAUGAGAGAGAUUAUUGGAUGGUCAAAUAAAGAUGGCGAUGGUAUCUUCUCACCUGGUGGUGCUAUAUCCAAUAUGUAUAGCAUCAUGGCUGCCCGCUACAAGUAUUUCCCAGAAGUCAAAACCAAAGGCAUGGCUGCAGUGCCGAAACUGGUCCUUUUUACCUCAGAACAUAGUCACUAUUCCAUGAAAAAAGCUGGAGCUGCGCUUGGCUUUGGAUCUGAAAAUGUGAUUUUGGUAAAGUGUAACCAAAGGGGGAAAAUAAUACCAAGUGAUUUGGAAUCCAAAAUUCUGGAAGCCAAACAAAAGGGAUAUGUUCCCCUCUAUGUGAAUGCAACUGCUGGAACAACGGUUUAUGGGGCAUUUGACCCAAUUCAGGAGAUGGCGGAUAUUUGUGAAAAAUAUAACCUUUGGCUUCAUGUAGAUGCUGCCUGGGGAGGUGGAUUACUCAUGUCUAGAAAGCAUCGCCAUAAGCUGAAUGGAAUAGAAAGAGCCAACUCUGUCACGUGGAAUCCGCACAAGAUGAUGGGAGUUUUAUUACAGUGUUCUGCCAUUCUUCUUCGGGAAAAGGGUAUACUUCAAGGUUGUAACCAGAUGUGUGCAGGAUAUCUGUUUCAACAAGACAAGCAAUAUGAUAUAACCUAUGACACUGGAGAUAAAGCAAUACAAUGUGGCCGCCAUGUGGACAUAUUCAAAUUCUGGUUGAUGUGGAAAGCCAAGGGUACAGUAGGAUUUGAAAGCCAGAUCAACAAAUGUCUCGAACUAUCAGAAUAUCUCUACAACAAGAUUAAAAAUAGAGAGGAGUUUGAGAUGGUUUUCGAAGGAGAGCCUGAACAUACAAAUGUGUGUUUCUGGUACAUUCCACCAAAUCUCAGGGGUAUUCCAGACUCUGAUGAGAGGAGAGAAAAAUUACAUAGGGUGGCGCCAAAAAUCAAGGCCCUGAUGAUGGAAUCUGGUACCACGAUGGUUGGAUAUCAGCCUCAGGGAGAUAAAGUCAACUUCUUCCGAAUGGUUGUUUCAAAUCCAGCAGCUACCAAGUCUGACAUUGACUUCCUCAUUGAGGAAAUUGAAAGAUUGGGGCAAGAUCUUUAAUCCACUGGAAUGACCGAUUUUACUUCUCUAAAGCACUAUUUUCCAGUACUGGCUUAAAAAAAACAACAGUUCUGUAAAAUGUAUUUUAAGGUAAACCCUUUCUAAAUGUUCCAUUUUUCUGAGGCACUGUCUUUAAAAACUACCACAACUACCCUUGUAAGAUUGUAACAUGAGCAUUAGUACUGUAUUUGACGGAAGGGAAAAUAUAUAUUGGGUUGAAUUACAUGUAGCACUGGUGGAAACAGAUCUUUCCUACCUUCCCCUUCCCCCAACAGUUACCUGUGAGCCUUGGGAAAGCUCUGAGGGUCAAAGAACUGUGAUACAACAUGGGUGGGUCUGUUGAAGAGUGAAAAAUGAGGGGGGGGGAUCACCUUUAGCAUCUUUGGCGCCACCCACAGAACAGGCAAGGGGAACCAUCUCACCUGCUUUCUUCUCCCCAAUGUAGCCAGCCAGCCCCACAUUUCAUGGCUUUUGAUUCACUUCGGUCCUCCUUCAUUGCCUUUAUGCAGCUCACAGGUGACUGCUGGGAAACGGGGAAGUCAAUCUGCCCGAUUCCAUCACAGGAUCCAAUGUAUCAUUGACUCUUAUUUAAGCAAGGUAAUUCUAGCUAGCAGAAAACUAAUUGUAUCAAGAUAGUCAAAUAAGAAUUCUGUGCAAUAAAAAUGUACAGUAUAUAUAUAUAUAAAUUAUAUAUAUAAAUAAACAAAUAAAUAAAAUAGUGAGAAACCUAAGAGUAAGCCACAGCAUGUUUUUCAGAGUAUGGGUGCUUUCAGUCAAGAACUGAUCUUGGAAGGCCCCAUUCACUUCAUAGGGCUCAUGCCAGAGUUUGCUUGGUGGAUUGUGUCCCAGUACUCCAACAUAAACACACUACUUUGAGAGUUUAUCUCACUGAUUUCAAUGGGAUAUAUUUAUGAGUAGCACAGGAGGCAACCCACAUCCCUGCGCUCACUGACGAAACUUCUGUUGAGUUUAACGGGCACAUUCAUCCCACUUUUAAGCUCCGCUGAUACUGGCGGAUCUUGAUGAGCACUUAAUUUGUGUCCCUAUGUAUGUGGAUUGUACCCAUAUUUAGGAUUGGGGUGUACAGAAGCUAAUGGUUUCCAUCAAAAGUAAAUCACAAGGUAACAUGCUAACUUGUGGUAACCCAGCUGGCAUUAGAUAGGGAUAUGUUUUUAAGAUGUAGAUUCUUAGAAACUACAAAAAAAGUUUAACCUUAUUUAAACAUUAGCGUUGGUGCUUCUCUAGCAUAAAAAAGAAGGAAACAAAACCUGAAGAGAACCACCCAGUAGAUACAUGUAUGUCCCCUUUAGUUGCCAUAUCAGGGGACGGUAGUAGCCAGGUUGUCGUAUUGCUGUAUUUUUUAGAAUUUGAUUUUGUGUAGAUUGUGUACAUUAUUGUUAAAUGGGAGGGAGGGGAGGAAUUAAAUGUAAUAGUUUUAAAGCAAGGUAACUGUUCAGUUCUAAGUAUAUGAACUGUUUUGCUUCUUUAUAUGCAGAGAUUUACCAUGCUAAAGAGUUGUCUUGUAUUUUCUUCCAUUUGUAAUGUAUCCUAUUUAUAUAAUUAUUGAAGUUCUAAAUAACGUUUAUUGGUAUAUUAGUGUAUUUGUGAGCCAAAGAGAAGAUUAAAAAAAAAUAGUUGACACAUUUAUAUAAUAGUGCCCUUAACACAAUAAUAACAUGUGAUUUUAUGGAAUCCAAGGAAUUUUAACUCUGUAUAUAGAUUUUAGCCUAAUGAAAUCCUCUCAAUUUAAUGGAAAUUUCACCUUGACUAAUUGUAACUUAGUUUGACUUUCCGCUGAGUGUUUCUAAUGCUUUUAAAAAAGUGAAUCAUGGAUGCUUAAGGCCCUUGAGUUCUUACAGUAGUUGAGGGCCAAUCUCUAUAAUUAGUUUAGAUAAAUUCUGUGACAACAUUACAUAAAGGUCCGUAACGAUUCUGUGAGAGCGCUCUGGGCUCCUAUGAAAAUGGAAAGGAUAACACACUGAGUAGUUUUGAGUGGACGAGAGAAGAUCUUGUCAGGGAAUCUUUCGAUUGCAGCUGUAUUGCCACAAGAGUUUUCAAAUAUAUACGAACCACAUUCAGCAUAGCUUUUACUAGCUAGGAGGCCAAUACUACAAAAAUCCUUGCUAAACCAUACUCAAAGGCAAGCAGAGUAGCUGAAUCAGUAGUUGUCUGUUGAUUGAAUUUCUUAGGGUCAAGCAACAUCUGCUGACUGAAUGCCUUCCCAAAUGCGCUGCUAUAGCUGUUAGCUUCAAUUGAUGCAUACUACAUUUUAAAGGCCAUUCCAUACACAGGCUCCACUGAAAUGAAAGGAACCUAUGUAAUUUGAUUGUAAUCGACAAACAUCUGGGCUUUAUGGCCUGGGUUUUCAACAAAACAAAGGCUGCAAUCUAAAGAAUGCUUUUCUGGGAAUAUGCCUCAUUGAACAAAGUGGGGCUUACUUCUGAGUAGGCUCACUUAGGGUUGCUCCCAAAGUUUUGUUGAUCUAUAUUAGCAAUAUUUUGAUGAAUGUUUAAGAUUUGUAUGGUUUGUAUGUGUGUGGGUUUUUUUGUUCCAGGAAUUAUCCAAGUGUGGAAUGAAUGUUAUGGAAAAGUC